GCAUCCCCUGCCCCCCCGCUCCAGCCACCCCGCCCGGCGUAUGGAAAGUCCGGCACAAUGACAGAGGAUUUGUGGGUGCCUCUGUCGUAUACCAACAACAGGUCGCAUGGAUAAUCCCGCUACAACCCUCCAGUAUCAUCUCCUGUUUAGGAUGAUUAGAGCGCCGCUGUCGACUUGAUGUGGCCGGAGAGCAGAGCGGGAGCGGGGCUUCUCGUCCUGGCUGUCGACUGAGAGGAAAACGGCGUGGAGCAGGUGUACUGUGGCUGGGGGGCUUAUCAAGAUGGAAAUAGAUGCCCUUUUUCGCUACUAUUUCCAGCACCCAUGGUCGCGUCUCAUCGUGGCCUACCUCGUCACCUUCUUUAACUUCCUAAUUUUUGCCGAGGACCCCGUCUCUCACAGUCAGACGGAGGCCCAUAUGAUUGUGGUGGGUAACUGCUUCUCUUUCCUCUUCAACAAGUACCCGGGCCUUGGGUGGAACAUCCUGAAAGUAAUUUGCUGGAUACUGGCCAUUAUCACUGGCCUGUUAGCCGGGAAGUUUAUAUUUCACCGCCAGCUCUUUGGUCGAUACCUGCGCCUGAAAAUGUUCCGUGAGGAUCAUGGCUCCUGGAUGACCAUGUUCUUCAGUACCAUCCUCUUCCUCUUCAUCUUCUCACACAUCUACAACCUUUUCCUGCUGAUGGCUGGGAGCAUGGAGCCUCACAUGGUGACAGAAUACAUGGGCAUCAGGAAUGAGAGUUUUAUGAAGAUUGCUGCAGUGGGGACAUGGAUGGGAGAUUUUGUCACUGCUUGGAUGGUGACAGACAUGAUGCUCCAGGAUCAACACUACCCAGACUGGGGCAAAGCUGCCAGAAGGUUUUGGAAACAAGGCAACAACAGGAUUGUCCUUUUCUGGACAGUUCUCAUCUCUCUGACAUCAGUAGUGGUUCUUGUCAUCAGUACCGACUGGAUCAGCUGGGACAACCUGAACCGAGGCUUCCUGCCCAGUGAUGAGGUCUCCAGAGCCUUUCUAGCCUCCUUCAUCUUGGUCUUCGACCUUCUCAUUGUCAUGCAGGACUGGGAGUUCCCUCACUUCAUGGGUGACCUGGAUAUGAAUCUACCAGGAAUGUCAACAACGCAUGUGAAGGUUAAGCUUCCCGUCUGCAAGCGCAUCUUUAAAGAGGAGUACCACAUUCAUAUCACAGGUAAGUGGUUCAACUAUGGUAUCAUCUUCCUUGUGCUGAUUUUGGACCUUAAUAUGUGGAAGAACCAGAUCUUCUAUAAGCCCUAUGAAUAUGGUCAGUAUGUUGGGCCUGGUGAGAAAAUCUUCACAGUGGAGGAGCCAGAAACACUCAAGGACUUCAACCAUAGCACGCUCACCUACGAGUGGCGCUCCACCAACAUUGACCCUAGGACCAACUCGACCUAUGUGGAACGGGACAUGUUCCUCCACAGCCGCUACAUCGGAGCCAGCUUGGAUGUGAAAUGUCUGGCCUUUAUUCCGAGCCUCGUGGCGUUCGUCCUGUUUGGAUUUUUCAUCUGGCUGUUUGGUCGAUUUCAGGACAGUGAGACCUUCACAGAAAAUCCAGACAAGACAUACGAGAGGAUUAAGAGGAAGUCGCCCUCCGAGUACAGCAAGGAGAUGGGCGCGACGCCAGAGGAGACGCACGUAACCAUGAGUGAUAGUCUCAGACGAUCCGGAACGCCGACGCUUCUGUCGGUGGACAUGCCACACUUUGGAGCGACGCCCUCUACGAAUUCUGCUAUUUCCGUGGAAACCCAAGAGACAAAUCCGAGCACUAUGAUUGACAGCACGGCGCAGGAGGAACCAGCAGUCUCCUUCGAUGUCCACAAAUUCUCCCCGUGACUUAAUGAACUUCUGAAACUUCAAACUUUUUUACCUGCAGACAAGCCGGAGGCACGAUGAUCAGUGAGCUCACCGUUUUUCUUCAGAACAGACCAAGGUGUCACAGAAAGAUCUUUAACACAGUUCUUCGAGUGAAGGACAAAGUGAUAUUUACCAAACCAAUCUAACCUUGAUGGCUGUUGCAGUCAUAUUGAUAUAUUUUUGUACAACAGCCUUUUUAAAAAAAAGUCUUUAACCGGCACCAGAUCUGACGCACCAUAGCACAUCUUUUGAAACCGAAUGCAAAAUCUUAGCUUGACCUGGUGCUACCUUGGAUUUUACAUAUUCGUAAGUCAAUUUUGUCAAGGUACGCUAAUGGGUGCCUGUAACAGAGGACUAUUUCUACAGACGUGACCUCGGGUUAGAGGGAUUUUAUUAUUUCAAAGCAGUGUUACAACUACAACAGUGCCUUGAUGUUUCAUAUAUUCGCAAAACAUAUUCAGCCUGUGUGACUAUAGGCAACAAAAUGGAUGAUGUCCUAGUUAUGGUCUGAUUUAUUAAUGUCUGAUAUACUGUAUGCUCUUAUCAUACAGUUACCUCAUUUGAUCCUCGGACUUUAUCGUUUUAAUUUAUUCUUUUGUGAUGUCACUCUUACUAUGGUUUAAUUGUAUUUAUGAACAUCAGUGUACCGUGAUGACCUGUUCGUUUACCCUCACUUGAUAUUAGUUGCAAAAGGAAUAAAUGCAAUUAGCAGAGAUAAAAUAGCUAAGCAGCAAGCCAUGUCAUGAUUGCUUAUGUGGCUGCUGCACCUUUAUUGAAUACCAACAGAGUGAGAAAGGUGCUUUUGCCCUUGGCAUAAACAUAAACAUACCAUUGAAGUGUAGCGGUGGCUUCUCCAAGGCUCAGGGCUUCUUUAUGUCUAGCUAAAAGUUGUACAAGCAGCUUUGCUGGUUAAUGCAUGAAAAAAAGAAAAUCUUGGGAGCAUUAUGCCGCUGUAAAAGAAACCCUUAUUUCAAACACAACUGAAGGCUGCAGCAUUCGGCUUUAAGGUGUAAAAAGUGAUAUAGAGAUAUAGACACUGAGAGAAUGCAAGAUGGCAUGUGCUCCUGUAUUGCUCUGCGUUAAUGUAUAAUGCACUAUAUCGUGUCAAAUAUUUAUCCGAUAUUUCUAAAAUAACCUGCUUUGUUUGGCAACGAAAGCUACAGCAGUGAUCAUUUAGGAAUAAAGGAAUACAGAAUAGGAACCGAUUUAUUCCAGUCAAUGCCAAUGUUUUAAUUCAGUUAACUACAAUUCUGCAUUAAUAUACUUACAUAAUUAUUAGAAUAUUUGUUAAUGAUUUGGUUUCUUUAUUUAUGUUUAUGUAUUCUUUAUGUAUCAUAAAUUUUUGUUUUAUCUUUCAUGUUUUUAAAUCACAAAAUUAAUUUACAGGUUUUUAAAGUUGACUCCUAUUCUGGUUGAACAUCAUACAGUGUGUGUGUGUGUGUGUGUGUGUGUGUGUGUGAGAAUUGUGGAAGCAGAGAGAGCGAGAUGUCUGGGUUUUUUUUUCUUUUUUUUUUUUCUUUUUGUCUGAACACGAUGUUUUAUAGUUACGUAAAAAUACAUGUGUGUGUGUGAUGUUGUGUGUGGAGGCUUGUGGAGUGUGUAGGUGUUUGCUACGACACUUCUCUUCAACAAAGGCCAUUCUGUGAAGAGGUCAAUUUAUUUAGCAUAAUUGGUUUGCAGCUCCUGGUUUGGUAAUUAUCUUUUUAUACACUAAAGCUCCGUGAAGACAUUAGAUAUUAGUGUUUUACCAAAGAGCAGAACCUCUUUGGACAUGAAGGGGCUCCAAUAUGUUUGGAAUGCAGCUACACUCGUUUGGGUGAGUGAGGGCUUUGUCUUGUUCAGACUGUUUUCAUUGUGUCGUGCUGCAUAACUGACACUUCCUACAGUUCCUCUCUGUUUUUAAUGUUUUUAAAGCAGAGGAAAUUGUUCAGUGUUUGCGCAUUGUACUGUAUAUCUGUCGAA